AGAGGAAAAGUGCGCGGUUACGCCCAUUUUUAACGAUGCUCUGGAAUGCGAAUAAUUGUUGCUUUGUUGCUAUUUGUGCAUUGUUGACCUCAAGAGUCUGCGGCUGAUUGUUGUUUUCAAAAUUUUGAAAAAGCAUGGAUUCCCUAAAUUUUAUACACAAAGGAACCGCAAAACCGAAGAGGAAUUUUCUUAAUGAAAACAAGAGGCUGGUGAAAAAUCUUGAAAAGCAGUUCCGUGAGGCUCACAUUAGUGAGCAGAGGACACCAUUGUCCAACCAGAAAUACUCGAAUGUCCAGCCCAAGGUCCAAACUCGCAACCACAAUGCUUUCCCCACUCGCCCUGCUUCAUCCUACGCCACUUCUUCGAGGGCAACUUGUUCUCAGCAACGACCGAUGUCAGCAGUAACGACAUGUGACGAAGGCGUCCAGUGCGAGACCAAAGUACUGCACUCUCAGGGUACCCAGACGGCAGUGGAGUCUAUGCUGAGCGGUCGAGAGCUGAGACCAUCAGCGGCAAGCUGGGAGGAAAGGUCACAGCUACAGCUCAGGUUGAAUAUAGAGGAGGAGGAAGAGUCCGUCGAUCAUGCCCAUCAGGCUACACAGGGGACGACCAGCACUGGAGACAAACUAGUGCGUUGGGACUUGCAGUCUGAUGCAGGUGACAAGGAGGCCAGCGUCAGGUCCAAGGCGUCUUUACCGAGUGUCAAGUCUAUUGAUGACAACUCCAAGCCCUUCAACGAAGAGGAACGGUUGCAGUAUUUGAGCCAACUCAAGGCCACUCAGGACAAACUAAUUGCUGAUCUCAACCGGCUGCCAGUGAGGUCAAAUACCCUGCGUGUACAGACCCGUCGACGAGAAAUAGACGUCCAGUUAGACAAGGUUGAAGCCUUGAUAACUGCUUUUUCUAGGCCUGGCAGAUCUCUCAGUAGAAAUAAAUAGUAAUAUAACUUUGACAUACAGAAAAUUAGGGACCAUGACAAAGAGCUGUGAAUGCUAGCUUAAGUUUUGUGGAUUUUUAUAAUGCUGCAAGUGGAAAAAAUAAAUUGGCGUAAAAUGUAUCCCCACACUUGGCAUUGGUAGUGCAAAAAUAUGUGGCUUUAAUUUGCUCUCUGCAAUAAUCAUGGGUGUAAGCAACAUAGUUUAUCUUACAUGAGGACCUAAAGUAUUAAAUAUUGCAAAACCAUGUUAAUGCCUAUUUAUGUAAUUUGUUGAGGUAAAAAUGUGGAAAUGACAUGAUAGAUUUAUUUAAUACAAUGACUGAGAUUUUAUUGCUGCACAUUAUUUACCACUUGUACAAAAUGGAAUGAAAGUUUGAUUAACAAUGGAAUCAUAAGUUCAAUGAAAUAAAAGUCAUAAAAAUCAAUGAAAAAAAUCUUAAAAAAACUAAAACUGCCUAGUCUAAAAUACUUUUCUUACAUCCACAACAUCUAGAUGGACGGAGUUCAUUAUAUUAUGUCUUUCAAUGGACGGACGUAAAAGCUGCCUCUAACUUUAAUUUCAAAUUAUUUAAAAUCAACUCUUAAUAUCAUAAGAUUAUCCCAGCG